UGGUAAAAUAUAUUAUUUUUAGAUUCAAUCCAUCAGGAGACUGUCUAUACAGCUUAGCAUCGUUGUUAUUGGAGUUCCCAACAUGCAUCCGGAUAGCGAAUCAAUUGAACAAGAUAGCGUGUACCAAUCGAAGAAAUUUUAACAUAGUGUCGUAGAAGCAAGUAAGGUAGAAGCGAUAUCAUUUGAUGGGUAACGUUUCCUAUCAUUUUCGAUUACAUGAUUAUUUAAGAAACUUAAAGUAACUUCCUUUGAUGCCCGUCUCUAUUUUAGAUAUGAAACUGUAUUUUUUGAUUGCAGUCAUUGGCAUCAGUGUAUUGGCACUUGCUGAAGAAAAUGAGCAACAAUUUGAAGACGAAUUAAUUGAUUUUGAUCCUAGCUGGAAAAAUCCUGUUUCUGCAUAUCGUGGAAAUGGCUACUCAAGAUAUCAUCGAUACACCUUGGGUAAAUGUGGAAGAUUCCAAUAUAACAUCAACACGCAUCUUUGCCAUGGUGGAGAACGUUUUCUAAAGAAACAUUAUAAAUUAUGCGAAUAUUCGCUUUAUGAUGUCCGCACACACUUCUGCUUCAGGGGAAACAUAUUACCAACAAAGUUAUAUCGGAUUUGCAGAAACAAUAUCUGCAUAAAAAAGGAUCAAUUCUGCUUCAAAGGAGCAUGCUAUCUCAAAAAGAUAUUUCAAAUCUGCCGAGAUGCUGUCUGCAACAAAUUCACUGAAGCCUGUUUCAAGGGACAAUGUUAUUUACGUCGUGUUUACCAAAUAUGUCGGUGGGUCGUUUGCAAACGAAGUACAGAGUUAUGCUGGAGAGGACGGUGUUAUGAAAAAGCAGUGUGGGGAAUAUGUGGCGGUCGUCUCUACCGAAGAAAAUUGUACAUCUGUCAUUCUGGAUCUGCGUACAAACGAGAAUAUUAUGGUCACUGCGGGUCUGCCAUUUACCGCAAAUCGCAUUACAAAUGUUUACAUGGAAAGUUGGUUCGCAAUAAAUCGUACUCGGACAAGCUUGUGUAAUUUUUCCUUUUUGUAAUGUUCAUUACAAGAAAUAAUAAAAAUUUCUUCUCAUGAUGUAACUUUUCUGUAGUUCUCGGUAGUAAGGAUGAAAAUAAAAACGAUAAAAUAAAAACAGUUUAUUUUUUCUGUUUUUGGGUUGUAACCAUUGACGGUAAUCUUAUUUAUACUGGUAAAAACACUUGUGUUUGUCAUCAGAUUAAAGCUGCAAGCUAUGUUUGAUAAGCUAGAAAUGGAAAUAGUUAUCAUGUGCAUAUUUUUUACAUACCAAAUACUGUUUCCUCAUCAAAGCCCCUCUAUGCCCAUGUGAAUUAGUUCGACACGAUCUUUCUGGCUGAAGCUAAGAAGGUGAUUUUAUCGCUCUAAGUAAAUUGUUUAGUGUUUGGCAAAUAGCUCACAUCAAGUUUAUUUAAUUUACAGUCUAGCAAAUCAGAAUUCACUGGCAAGACAUGUAAUUGAGCUAGUCAGUUAUAUUAAAUUUCGCCUUGUGUCAAUUUUCCUAAUCUAACGUCAUUACAGCUUAAUGAUUUUCUGCAUGAUACAAAUAUGCUUCUGAUUGCACACGGAAUUG